AUGUUAUGCGGUAUUGGGGCUGUUUAUUUUUGUCAAAAUAUGAAACGUCGUGAUGUUCUCUAUGCAAUCAAACAUCCAAAAUCAACAGAAGAAUUAGAACAUGAACGUUAUUUAAAUAAUAUCCAUCAGCUCAUUUAUCCACAAGUAAAAAAUCGAACAUUAGUUGUUUACACGAGUCUUGCGAGAUUCUAUCGAAAACGUUCGCCGCAAACAACAACUGAAAACAAUAAUAAUUGCUGGUUUUGUGAAAAAGAAGAUUUAUUAGCUGGCUUACAUGAAUUUAAAAUUCAUCUCAAUGCUGGGGAAUGUUUAUUUUCAAAAAAGACAAUAAAAGAAUAUUUCGCUUAUUUACGUCUUGAUCCUAUAAAAACUGGAGAAACCAGUUUGGAUAAAAUGAAGAAAUUUUUAAAUCUUUUUGGUCAUCCGUAUGCUGUACGAGCUCUAAGUGUGACAAUUAAUAGUGAUGACGAUUUUAUACAUUUGAUAUGUAAUACAUAG